UGUUUUUGUGUGUGGAAACACUUGUGGCCAAUCCGUCGUCUGACAUUCUCUAGGUAGUAAGAAAUCUUCCCACAUGCAUACAACCCGACUUCGGCGCAUCAAGGAUCAUCUUUUGGCCGAAAAUCAGUGUUCAGAUAUGGCCACACCUCAGGCGAGUCCUCUCACCACUCAUGUGCUGAACACAGCAGAAGGUGUUCCAGGAGCCCGAAUGGCCCUCAGCCUGCACCGCCUGGAUUCACACCUGGCUGUCUGGAACCUGCUCACCACAGGGACCACGGAUGAUGAUGGUCGCUGUCCAGGACUUAUCGCCAGAGAAGCUUUCAUUCCUGGAAUGUACAAGUUGCGAUUUGAAACUGGCCAGUAUUUUGAGGGUCUGGGUCAGACAUGUUUUUACCCAUAUGUUGAGGUUGUCUUCACCAUAACUGAUCCAAGUCAGAAGUUUCAUUUGCCCCUGCUCCUCAGCCGUUUCUCCUACAGCACCUACAGGGGGAGCUAGAGACAUGCUUCUUGUGGCUACAACCUAUGGACUGAACUUCACAGCUUCUGAUUUCUCUUUACUGUAUUUUUUCUUGGGUCUGAAAUAUGCCACUAGCUCACUUUUGUCAGUCCUUAUUGACAGCUUCUGUAAUCUUAGCUAACCAUUGAAGGAUUUUCUGUUACAUUUCAGACCACACUGUAGGUGUCAUUAUGCAAAGAAUUUUAUUAAAACCUGCUAAAAUAUUACAUGUGGAAUUACAGAAUAUUACUAUGUGCUUAUAAUGUGCAAGUGCAGUAACAGAAAUGAAAGAAAGUCCUUCCUGUUCACAUUUUGACUGUGCACAAGUUUGCUUGCAUCAUAACAUUGGUGUUCAUGCUAAUGGCUAAAUGAUGAUUUUCAAGGGCCCCUUCAAAACUUCAGGGAUUUGCACCCCAGCAGCAGUGUUACACAAGGCAAAGGGACUUUCUGUUUUCAGCUUGUGUGUUUGUGAGUUUGAGCAUGAGGUCACCCUAAAAAUGGUAUUCCAAAAUACACUAAGGUAAAAUGGCUCAACACAGCUCAUAAGAUAAAGCAUAAUCUUUGUCCUGUUUAGUAAUUUAGAUCAGUGUUUGUAUGACCAGCAUCACUGAAAGGAG